AUGGCGCAGAGCCCAGGGGCGCCCCUGCCGCACCGCUCAGUCGCUAACAUCCGCUCAACGCCUGGCGGCGCCGGUCAUCACCACCAAACUGGUGGGCCGUCAACACCUCUACGGCCUAUCCCCUCCAACUUUGGCUCUCCCUCUGGCUUACGCGCCGACGAUGAGAUAAUCAUUGUCGAGUUCGGCACGCGGAAGCUGCAAGUCGGCUUUUCUGGAGAUCCCGCCCCCAGAGGAUGCGUUUGGUUCAACCCGGAUCAGCAACGCCGCGUCGGCGAUUUCAGGAAAUGGCAACGGACUGAUCACCAAGAUCAAGAGUGGAAGAGCGCGGCCGCAUGGGGUCUGUGGGGGCGAGAUCACGAGCUGUGGCAGGCUGACGUCCGUGCUGUUGAUCUCGGACUGGUUGGCGACAAGAUUGAGCGGACGCUGAGGGAGGCAUUUACCAAGUACAUGCUUAUCGACUCGCGCCCGCGGAGAAUGGUCUGUGUGCUCCCUUCGGGCCUGCCCAUCCCCCACCUGUCGGCAGCCCUGGACACCAUCUUCAGCCGGUUCCAGCCGCCAACCAUAUCGCUCUUGUCAUCUCCGCUCGCCGUGGCCGUGGGUGCUGGAGUGCGAUCUGCACUUGUUGUUGACCUCGGCUGGAGCGAGACGGUCGUCACCAGCGUCUACGAGUACAGGGAGGUUGGCUCGCGCAGAAGCGUCCGCGGAGGCAGGAUGCUCGUGGAGCGAACCCAUGAUACGCUUUCCAAACAUCUCCCUGAACGAGAGAAGGAAACCGGUAACGAUGCUGCCGAUGGCCCGCGUCAGUAUUUCCUUAGUUUUGAGGAGUGUAACGACAUCGCCACCCGUCUGGUUUGGUGCAAGCCUCGGACCGACCCUUCCGCCGCCGCUCAGCCUUCUUCCGAGGGUCUGCCAACAGUGCACGAGCAGGAUGAGGCCGAGUCACAGUACCCCUCAGCGCCCAGAGAGACUGGCACGAUUAGGAUACCGCUUAAAUCAUGCCAAUCCCCCUUAACGCUGGAAUUACCUUUCGAUGCCCUUGCAGAACCAUGCGAGAGUGCCUUUUUUGAAUCUCAGUAUUUACACAGCAGUUUCGACGACCACGAGUUACCCCUGCAUUUGCUCGUGUACCGCAGCCUGCUCCAGCUUCCCCUAGACGUCCGAGCAAUUUGCAUGUCGCGCAUCAUAUUCACCGGCGGAUGCUCAUCUGUGCUUGGCCUUCGUAAGCGCAUCUUCGAUGAGGUAGCCCACCUGGUACGAGAGAGAGGUUGGGAUCCGGUUCACGGCGUCAAGGUAGAUCAACUACGUGCCAACCCAAAGCUGAAGCGAAAAGGAGCUCGCCAGGCGAAUGACGGCCCAACCGGCGUGUCGUCAUCGUCAUUCUCACAACCCGGCGGCAGCGAAGGAGAGGACGGGGUCUGGCACGACGCGGCCAACACGGUGCCAGAGGUGGACCCUGUCGAGGAGCAGCUCAAGAGGGGCGCCGAUAAGAGGCCCCGUGUCCAAGGGGAGCUGAGGGCUAUCGAGUCGCUCGGCGCCUGGAGCGGUGCGAGUCUGGCUACUCACCUUAAGGCGCCGGCCAUCGCCGCGGUCGAUCGAGAGAUUUGGUUGCAGCACGGAGCUGCCGGGGCGAGCAGAGCAAGCGAUGUCGACCACAAGACACAACGGCAGAGUUUGGGCCCAGGAGGGCUGAUGAGGGGCUCUGCUGCUGGUUCAGCGUGGACGUUGGGCAUUUGGGGAGUGAACUGA